AGGUAAGGAUCCCUGUAUCCGAGAAAAUCCUAUCAUUACCCCUUGUGACUACCCCACCCUCUCCUCCGCAAAAACAUCACCCUUCACAAAUAGCCACCUUCUUCAAUGGCAGCUAUUCGUACUGCCUACUCGUCCCUACUGGGUAGGCCUGCGAUCAGCGCUUUGUCUCGUGUCAUUGGGAGAGUCCAUAGCUCGUCCUCCUCAUCCUCCUCCUCAACAUCUGCCAUUUAUUACAAGGCUCUUCACCGCCGCGUGAACCCUUUGCCUACCACUGAUCCUCCAGCAUGGUCUGCUUCGGCUGCAGUUUCCUCAAUCCUUUAUGAGACUCCACUACCUUCGGCCAAUCCUCCAAAGCGCCAUAUCUUAAAUUGCCUCGUUCAAAACGAGCCGGGUGUUCUCUCACGGGUUUCGGGUAUCCUGGCAGCUAGGGGGUUCAACAUCGACUCGCUAGUAGUUUGCAAUACUGAAGUUCCCGACCUUUCUCGUAUGACAAUUGUCCUAAGUGGACAGGACGGGGUGGUUGAACAGGCACGGAGACAAUUGGAAGACUUGGUUCCUGUUUGGGCUGUUCUGGAUUACACUGCGGCACCUCUCAUUCAGCGUGAGCUUUUGCUCGCUAAAGUCUCUAUCCUUGGCCCGGAGUAUUUUGAGGAGUUGCUGGCUCACCACCGCGAGAUUACUGCUGAAAAUGCAGAGGCGCUUGGUGAGCAUGGGGUUGCGCACAGGGACGGCGAUUACCACCCCUCUAAGCUUCCAAUUUCCCAAGCAUUGAGGCAUAAACACCAACAUCUUCACGCUGUCACUCAAUUAACUCAUCAGUUCGGUGGAAAGGUGUCUGACAUCUCUGAGAACAAUUGCAUCGUGGAGCUGUAAGAAUAUUUAUGAAAAACCAAUUUCUUUUGCCCUUUCUUUUCUUUUCUUUUUUUUCCGCUCUACUGACAUGUAGUCGGGAAUGACAUGUAAGAUCAGCAAAGCCAUCUAGAAUUGAUGCGUUUAUGAAGCUUAUUGGGCCAUUCGGUAUUCUCGAGUCUGCAAGAACCGGUACCAUCUCCCUUAGAGCUGGAAUUACCCGGAGGGGUAGGGGAUGAUGUCACUAACUUUUGGGAUAGGGUUAAUGGCGCUGCCACGAUCUCCCCUACAAUCGAGAACCGAAGAAAUCGAGGCCAAGGAUGCAGGUGAUGUGGUAGAUGCUAGCACACUCCCUCCCGGCUAAGCAAUAUGUACCUUUGUCUCUUUGGGGGGGUCUAAAUCUACGAACGAAAUUCACCUGUGUAUAUUAUAUCAACUGCAGAUGGACUCGAUAUAGAUGGUACCUGGCUUUUAGUAUCUCUUUCAGGAAGAUUAAGGUUUGAGCGCAACAAAGAACCUUAUGUUGGUAUACAAAAGUUUGCCGCUUGGGAUGUGCCCCGAGUGUAAACAAGCUGUGAGUUGUAUUCAUUUUGUGAGCCGUAAAGACAAAGACUAUCAAAGGCCAACAAACCAGGCCCACAUAUAAAGAACGCGAAAGGGGGAGAAAGCAAAUCAUACAUAGAAGGCAAAAUUAUCUCAAAUGAAUGUUUGCUCCUAUAGGAUUAGUCGAAUUGUAGAGUACCUCCAUCUGCAGCUUGCCGACGCGCACCAAACAUGAUGCCUCGGCGUGAACAGCCAAUCUUCCACCCAACGCUUUCCUCAUUGCUUCAUACCCCACGCCCCCAAGCUUCCAACGCACAGGAAUCCUGGGUGUGGUUGUCCUUCCCUCCGCGGCUGGCCUGAUGGCAAAUGGUUUUGAAGACUCAAUUUUCCCUAAUUCAUUGCCCUUAUAUUUUGCGGUACCGUUGAUUGCUUCUAUCAUAACCUUGUCUUUGCGGAGAGGAUUGUUGAGGAGAAAAUCGGCUGUCGAUGAUAUCAAAUGAAUCUGGAGUUGGAAAGAAUAAUAAUUUAUAAGUACUUCUCCGGGAUAGGCUAGUGCUGGUAUCUGGGGGCCAGAUAUGCUUACUGUUGCGGACUCAAUAAAGUUUGGAGCGGAAUCGGAUGGCCCACUCUUUCCGGGCAUUGGGAGACGUGGGGUUGGAAUGGUCACAUUGAAGUUUGAGAGAAGCUUGGAUAGUAGUGGCAUGGAGGGUAUGCUAUUGGCGUGUGGGCAGAUAGUAAUUGUGGUGUUGUAGCCUAUCAUUUUUGUUAAGUUUGAGGGGAUGCAAGAGAAUAAAUCUAAGGCACAUACCAGAUAUGUACUCACCAGCGAGGCGUUUACCCGCGUCCUCAGCCUCGUGACCUCCAUGAGCCCGAGGAUCCCAGGUCGUACCGAUAUAGAGAAAGUUUGUUCCCGUUGUCAGAUGCCCAUUAACUAAAGUGGCAUUCCCUAAUACAAAGCCAUCGUGCGUGAUGUGAACAUUCAUGUGAGGAACGACAGCCUCCCAAGGAGUUGGAUUUUCAAGACUUAGAUCAAUUCCAAGUGUGAAAGACUGGGUCGUUGUAUCGGUAAUGAGUAGCUCGCUAAUUUUUGGUAAUGGGAUAUGGGUGGCCCGGAGUCCAUCAAUCUUUAUAUUUCCCGAGGCUGGGAUAUCCCUGACAACGAAGUUCCCAAGGUCGGUUUCGAUUCCUACAUCAGUGGAUCCAUCAAUGCUGAGAAAUAUCGGUUUUCCGUCGCCAGAGAGAAGUUUCUGAACGAUUUUAUCAAAGAUAUCGUAAUCCUCGAUGUCCAGCAGGGAAUCGCGAACUUCGGCCCGAACAUAAAGGUACGUUGACCCACCUGAAGCAGUGGAACUUGCUGGGAUCCAUUUUGGAAAAUGCAGGGUUCCGAAUUUUUGGCCUUCAUAAAAUACGUCUGCGGUAGCCUUUAAGCGACUGACGUCUAAUGGAAAGUUCAUACUUCGAGGUAGGCGAACUGUAGCAAGCACGUCCGCGCUCAGUCGUAGUGAUGCCUCCGGUGUUCCUGCUGGGGCAUCUGGAGAGGGAAGCUGAAAUUUAACAUGGGACAAGCUGAACGAUUUCACAAGGCUAUCGAAACUGUGCCCGGGAAAGGGGACUGGGAGGGUGAUGCUUUGAAGAAAUUCUUGCAGCCAGCUAGGAGCAUUGGAGGUCGGAGGUUGCGAUCCUUGGAUGUAUACGGUAGUAUCUUUUCCGUGCAGAUAGGUGCCUAAGAAUAUGUCGAUCGGUGAUAUAUCGGAACCUGGGCACGCAGUUACGAGUUCCUCUGGAAUAUUGCGGAUAAUUCCAAACACAUCCACACCAAUGUCGGUUUUAGAUUCGACAGAGAGGGGAGAAGUUUCAGCAGUGGCUAUAUUGACUAGAUCAUCUGCCUUACACCCGGACAAGAAGAUGGCAAAAAAUAGAGGUGGUACAUCGAAUUCCACUGGAUAAGGGUUCUGCACAACGGCAGAGAAAUUGACACUGAGCGCUUUCUGUUCUGGAAGAGUUAUUUCUCCAAUAUCCAUCCGAUUAACCUGGAACUCAGGUAGAGAAGGCAGUUCUGGUUGACGAUGUCAGUCUAUUGACCGGGGUAUUUUAUUGCUUGUAUAUGGAACCUUCAAAGGCCAUCUCUGCGGAUAUUUUCUGAGUCCCCAAGUGAAGCAGGCCCGACUUCAACAUUAAAUCAGCUACACCAAGCACCCUGAUCUUCCUUAAUCCCCCAACAAGAUAAUCGUUGGCUAGGUCCCGAAUAGCAUCUGGAGAGCCUAGUUUGACGUCGGACACGAAGUCCAGCUUCGUGAUUUGGCCAUUCUUAACAGCGAUUAUCAUUGGCGGGGCACUUGCUGUACCAAGGAGACCGCCAUCAUAGUCAGGUAAAUAAACUUCAACUUGGGUCGCAUCUGUCGAUAUCCUGCUGACAAUCCAAGUUCCUGUAAGCCCUAAGCUCCGUACAGCUCGAUUUUGGACACGGCUAGCGUCAAUCUGAAUUGUAGCCUGUAUGCGAAUCUUCGCCCCUUUAUCGGUAAAGGAGUCGAUGGAGAGACGAGCGAUAUCGAGGACAACAGCUUCUUUGGCAUACCGAGUAGCAGCCGCGGGAGCAAAAAAAACCACCAACAGGAUGCCAAUAGAUAUAGCACUUAUACAAAGAAGUACCAGAGCUAUCAAGCCAAGUCUUAUUGGUCUUGGCGUGCCGGCGUCCCGGGCGGCACCCACAUGGUCCACAGGUGGUGAUGAGUCCUCGGUAAGGUUAACAGCAGGGGGAGCCUCUUGAGGAUUGGCCCAGAGAAGUGGUGUCGUCUCUGUGGAAGAAUCUGGAGCAGGAGUUGACUGCUUUCGAAGAGACAUCGAGCAAAAGGUUCGCGCCCGGGGGGGUGCGGAGUGAGAGGGGGUAUGGUACGAAUGAAAUACCGGUAUAGGGGAGAUUGAUCUAGCAGAUUGAAUGAUGGGAGAGGCUCGCAAUGGGGCUGGGGAGGUUGCUGGCUACGGGGAAUACCGUACCGUACAAGAGGGAGGAGGAGGGGUGGUACAAAGGGAAAAGGGC